UCUCUCUCUCUCUCUCUCUCUCUCUCUCUCUCUCUCUCUCUCUCUCUCUAAACUUAAUUACUACAUUUAGCCUCUCUAUAUAUUCCAUAGCUCUCCUUACUUCUCGUUACUCCAAAACUACCUCAAAAACACAUGGUCUUACCACUAAAACAAAACAGAAAACUACCACGUAGAGGUUGUGAAAGAAAAUGAAGAUUUCGAAGCUCCGUUGCUGGGACUGGUGUAAGGAGCAAAGAACGCGUGCUUAUAUCAUCUGGAGGUGUUUGCUCUUCUUGUUACAGUGGGAAGACUAAAGAUCGAACAAGAAUAGUGAUUAAUCUAAACGGUUUAUUAACACGCUCUGUAGUCUCUACAAAGAAAAUCCAAUGGAGAUAUGUUUUCUUUUUAGAGUCUUUAGGCCAUGCAGUGGUCGAUUUUUGUAAGAAUUUCUGAUGGUAAAAAAUAAUAUAAAAAUCAAAAGUAGGAGAAAGACGAUAGAAAAGUGGAGAAUGUAAGUAAAUCUGGAAAAUGUAAAUAAAUCUGUCAAUAAGCUAAUGUUUUAAA